UGGGCGGGGCUGGCCGCGCGCGCAGCCUGACGGGCCGUGGAUCCUCGCACGCGUCCUUCUCCUGUGGGAGCCGGCGUGCGCCGUGCGCGCGACUGGAAGAAGCAGCAUGCUGAUCCCAUUUUCAAUGAAGAAUUGCUUCCAGUUACUUUGUAACCUCAAGGUCCCAACAGCUGGCUUUAAAGACACAGUAAAAAGUGGGCUUAUUUUACAAUCGAUUUCUAAUGAUGUUUAUCAAAAUCUGGCUGUAGAAGACUGGAUCCAUGACCAUGUGAAUCUAGAGGGCAAGCCGGUUCUUUUCCUUUGGAGAAAUUCUCCCUCUGUUGUAAUAGGUAGACAUCAGAAUCCUUGGCAGGAAUGCAACCUGAAUCUGAUGAGAGAAGAAGGUAUAAAACUGGCUCGGAGAAGAAGUGGAGGAGGAACAGUCUAUCAUGAUAUGGGUAAUAUCAAUUUGACUUUUUUUACAACCAAAAAAAAGUACAAUAGGAUGGAGAAUUUAAAAUUAGUUGUGAGAGCUCUGAAUGCUAUCCAACCCCAGCUGGAUGUGCAGGCCACCAAAAGAUGUGACCUUUUACUUGAUGGACAGUUUAAAAUCUCAGGAACAGCUUCUAAGAUUGGCCGGACUACUGCUUAUCACCAUUGCACUUUAUUAUGUAGUACCAAUAGGACCUUCUUGUCAUCUUUGCUGAAGAGCCCUUACCAAGGGAUCAAGAGCAAUGCCACUGCUAGCAUACCUUCCGUAGUAAAAAAUCUUUUGGAAAAAGAUCCCACUCUGACCUGUGAAGUACUGAUGAAUGCUAUUGCUGCAGAAUAUGCUGCUUACCAUCAAAUUGAUAAUCAUAUUAACCUAAUAAACCCAACAGAUGAGACACUGUUUCCCGGAAUAAAUAAUAAAGCCAAAGAACUACAGACCUGGGAGUGGAUAUAUGGCAAAACUCCAAAGUUUAGUAUAAACACUUCCUUUAAUGUAUUAUAUGGACAGUCAUAUUUGGAAAUUAAAAUAGUCAUAGACAUAAAGAAUGGAAGAAUUGAAAUCUGUAAUAUUGAAGCACCUGAUCAUUGGUUGCCACUGGAAAUAUGUGACAAAUUAAAAGCAGGUUUUAUUGGCAGUAAGUUUUGCCCAAUUGAAACUACUAUGCUAACAAGUAUACUACAUAAAACAUGUCCUAAAGAUGAUGAUCUACAUAGUAAAUGGAAUAUUCUCUGUGAAAAAAUUAAGGGAAUAAUGUGAUUCCAAAUAAAUUUCUUAAUGGUUUUAAUGAUAAUAAAAUGUUUACUUUGUA